UCCAGUUGAUACAGAACUUUCGGUUCAGAACCAGAACUUCGAUGCAGUUUCUGUUUUCAAAAAUGUUAUCAGAAGUAAAUUGCCUUUACAUAACCAUCCAUCACAGGUCAUGAUGAAGAGUCAGGUAGCGCUGCUUUAUGUCCUGAUCAUUGUGAGCGAAGGAUCAGCCCAAAGCCUGAUACCCCGCCGGAGCGUUUCCUUCUCAGAUGUUAACCUGAAGCUGUUUAAGCAGCGUAACUUUGACAGUUUGAGCUCCCUGCUGGUGAGAGAAGACAUCGGUCAGCUCUUCAUCGGAGGCAGAGGAAAGGUCAUCUCGCUCAGUUUGGAUGACAUCACUAAAAAAACCAGUGAGAUUAAAUGGAUGGUGAGCUCUGGAGAAAAAUCUGAGUGCUUGGCUAGAGGCAGGAGCAUCGAGGACUGUAAAAACUACAUCACAACGCUGCACACCCUGGAUGACAGCAGAAUCUUCACGUGUGGAACCCGUGCAUUCAAACCUCUCUGCACACACCUGUUGUUCAAAGAAGGAAGUGUCACCAUGGAAACCACAACUCAGGAGGGCACGGGCAGAGCUCCCUUUGGCCCCCAUGAGGACUUUGCCUCCCUGAUGGAUGACUUCAUGAAGAAAAGAAAGGUUUUCAUGAGAACCGGAAGCACUUAUCUCUCUACUGAAGACAAAAUAUCUUGGUUCAAUGACCCCAUCAUGAUUUCCAUAAACGCUGCUGAAACCAGCAAAAGUUCAAAGUACAACGAGGAUGACAAUUUGUUCGUGUUCUUCACUGAGAUCGCUGUGGAGGAACGACGCAGCAACCUGCGUUUGUCAAGAGUUGCACGAGUGUGUAAAAAAGACUUGGGAGGCUUCGCAAUUUUAGAGAGAAAGUGGACUUCUUUCCUGAAAGCCCGUCUGGACUGCCCGUUUGGAGACACAGGUUCACUUUCUCUGUUGCAGGGUGUCUUUUUUCUCAAAGAUGAAAAUAAUGUGACAGAGAGCCUCUUCUACACAACAUUCACCUCUAGCCCGUCAAUUGUCUCUACACCCAGUUCCUGCAGUCAGUCCGCUGUCUGUGCCUACAAGCUGUCAGAUAUCCAGCAAGUUUACAGGGGGAACCUUCUGAAUGAGAUAAGUCCUGGAGUUUGGGUGAAGGACGUAGGAACAGAGAGCUACACCUACCCUCGAUCAUGUAUUAAUGAUGAAAUGCGAGCCAAGGGUGUGAAAACCUCUCAAAACAUCCCAGGCAAAACCCUGGAGUUUACGAGGAACCACCCUCUGAUGGAGGGAGUGGUGACACCGAUCACUGGGAAGCCCCUGCUGGUUCGGUCUAUGGCCCAGUUCUCCAAAAUUGUUGUUGAUAAAGUAACCUCUCUGGAUGGACAGCAGCACAACGUCAUGUUUAUUAGCAACAACUCUGGUUGGGUGCAGAAGGCGGUGUGGUCUGAUGUUGAUGGACUGCGAAUCAUUGAGGAGUUGCAGCUGUUUCAGGAUCCUCAGCCCAUUCGCUUUCUUCAGCUCUCCUCUAGAAGCGGUCAGCUGUACAGCACAACUAGAACUGCUGUUGCUCAGCUCAGUGUGAGGGACUGCAGCCGCUACAGAUCCUGUGCUGACUGCCUUAUAGCCAGAGAUCCAUACUGUGGCUGGAACCGUCGCACAGGCCUGUGUGCUGCUGCUGCUGGUGCUUCAAAACUCUCCAUGAUCCAGAACCUCAUUGAUGGUGACGUUGGAACUUGCCCAAGCUCUCAUUUGUCAAAGCAGAUUACCGACAUCCACCUCACACUUGACGUCGCGCAGUUCCUCCCCUGCAACCCUGAUACCAAUCUCCCCAUCAGCUGGAGGUUCUCUGGUAGCAUCCUUAAGCCCAGUCCCCGACACACUCUGCUCAGCCAGGGACUCGUUUUAAAACCUUCCCUCACUGAUCAAGGCCUUUACACCUGUGAGACAGUGGAAGUAGUUAAAGGCAGAAAGCACAGGAAGGCAGUGAUCCAGUACAACGUUAAGGUUUCAGAGGGUGAAAACUAUUUUCAGGGUGUAGCUGUCUAUAUUUUAGCUUCUUUUUGUAUGCUGUGUGUAAUGCUCAUCACCUACAUGUACUGGAAGCAGAAACCUCAAAACCAUGUUGGCAGUAGCAGUGUGAGUUAUGCUAGCAUUGAGCAAUUAGAGUGAAAGACAGUGACCUGCAACUGCUUUAGUGAUCCUGAUACCAAGAAAACCACACCAACUAGGGCGGAAAAGAGGGCAAAAUCUACCAUUUAAAACAGAUUUAUAGUUUGAUAACAGCACAACCCACUUCUGUUACACUUUGUGCAUCACUGCCAUCAACUCUGUAACAAUAAAAGACAAAAAUGA